AUGGCGGGGCUCGCGCAGUCAUUGGACCCUCGUCUGGGCGCAUCGGGCCAGCGGUUCAGCGAGCUCGAGUGUGGUACCCAGGCGCACUUCGUUUCGGCUGGCAGCUCGUCGCAGGGUUCCUCCUCGCUCUCCCUGAGCGACAGCGACGCCAGCGCCGCGCCCUCGGCCCCGGGCCACGAGCCGGGCGGCCCCGAGGAGACCGGAGCGCGCAGGUCGCGGCCGCGGCUGCUGGUGGCGGGCGAGCCGCUCAGCGCCGCGCUGCAGUGGUACAAGCCCCCGAGGCGCCCCUACACCCGAAGGGAGCUACUGGCCGACCGCGUAGUGAACUUCUUGGGGGCGGGGCUGUCGUGGCCGGGCCUGUGCUCUCUGGUCAUCAUGUCGACUGCGGCCGGGGACCCCCUCAGUGAGACAGCAGGCUACCUCGCCUUCGGCGUCGGGCUCGUUGCGAUGCUGAAUCUGUCGGCGUUCUACCACCUCCUGUCCUGGGACUGGAGCCAGGCAGAGGUAUUGUACAGCCUCGACAAGAUCGGCAUCAACUCCAUGAUCGUCGGCGCGUACGCCCCCAUGUGCCUGCAGAUCGACGCCUGGUGGACCCUAGCGUUUGUGUGCGUCCUGGGCUGCAUCGGCGUCUGCGCGGAGCUGGUCUCCCUGUGCGGUUGGCGGUGUAGAGAGGGUGCGAGUGCUGCCUGGUCCUGGGCCGAUAAGCUGGACAUAGUGCGUUAUUUGGUCAUGGGUUGGGCUGUAUUCGCCGUCGCGCCGACAAUCUACAGGUUGUUCCCGAUGCCUGCAGUGUUUGGCAGCAUCCUGGGCGGCGUCAUCUAUUCGAGCGGCAUCGUAUUCUUCGUAUUGGAUCGGCUCGAAUUCCAUCUGACCAUCUGGCAUGGUUUUGUAUUUUUGGCCUCCUUGUGCUUCUACCUUGUCAACGCUAUUUAUCUUGUUGGCAAUCAUUACGGGCCAGGCUGA